GAAAGAGGGAGGCGGACGGAGAAGGCGCCAGGGAGCAUUUGCCUCGCCUGGUGCACAGGUGCAAGCGGCCGCCGGAGAAGGAGCGACUCGUCGCUGGCGCCGCCUGGCCGAAAGGGGAUAUAGUGCCUGCCUGCCUGCCUGGACUCCGCCGCUUCUGUGGGGAGCGUCGCUUCACCUGCGAGCGAGUGAGCCAGCCAGCCAGCGCGCGGCGCGUCCCGCGUCAGCCAGGUCUAGAAGCAGUGGAGACAAUGAUUCAAAGGAAGCAACCUAUUCUAUGACCUUGACAAAUCUGUUCCUUUCUGAACAUUGUUUUGAACUUUGGAUGGUCUCUUGCAACAGCUAUGCUUCCCUGACUUUUGGGCAAAAUUCUGCAAUUUGGAUGGAUUCCUCAGCAAAAAAAUGUUAAUUCCACACUUAUAUGGCCUUUUCUUCUAUGAUGCCUUCAUGCAAAUACAAGACCAGCUUUCCAAAAGGGAGGGCUAGUACUUGAUGCAGUUCAUUUUGGUGUUACCAUCUAGGCUACAUCCUCCCCGUGAUCCAUGGCUUGAAAGAAAAUGUCUGGGACCAUCGCCAGUCGCUCCAAUCUUGCACUCUGCUGAACUCUAAAUUGGCGCCAUGUUCUGUGGUACAUCGUUAUGGUAUGGAAUGUGUCAUGAGGUGCUCAUCACUUGGAUUAGUUGCCACACUUCUGCCUCUGUCAAAGAGAAGUGCAGAGGCCUAAGGUGGAUACAGCAGGAUUGACUGACUGAAUACAGCACCCUGGACUUAUUCUCAAAGAAUAUGUCAGAACGUCACAAUGGUCCCAUCUAGCAACAGUACAAUCUCUUCCUUGGUUUCUGUGAGCGCUGUCUGGAUUCAAGACUCCCAAACAACAGGCCUCCCAAGUGAUGCAUCCUCAUUCACUAGCAGCCAUGACCUCUCCCAAACAAACGAGAGCUUCUCUUUCACCACUAUGGAAAUGACCAAUGGAUCACAAGUUCCUGAUGAUCCUCUGGGUGGCCACACUGUUUGGCAAGUUGUCUUGAUUGCUUUACUCACUGGCUUCUUGGCCCUUGUGACCAUCAUAGGAAACAUCCUCGUGAUUGUGGCGUUUAAAGUCAACAAACAGCUGAAAACUGUUAACAAUUACUUCUUGCUGAGCCUUGCUUGUGCAGAUUUGAUCAUUGGCAUUAUUUCUAUGAACCUGUUCACUACAUAUAUCAUCAUGGGCCGCUGGGCUUUGGGAAACCUGGCCUGUGACCUGUGGCUCUCCAUCGACUAUGUAGCUAGCAACGCCUCAGUUAUGAAUCUGCUGGUCAUAAGCUUUGACAGAUACUUUUCCAUCACUAGGCCACUUACCUACAGAGCAAAACGAACAACCAGAAGAGCUGGGGUGAUGAUUGGCUUGGCUUGGGUCAUCUCCUUUGUCCUUUGGGCCCCUGCUAUUCUGUUCUGGCAAUAUUUUGUUGGGGAGCGAACUGUUGGUGAAGGUGAAUGUUACAUCCAGUUCCUGACUGAGCCUAUCAUCACUUUUGGCACCGCAAUAGCUGCCUUUUAUUUGCCCGUCACCAUUAUGAGUAUUUUGUACUGGAGGAUAUACAAGGAGACAGAGAAGCGUACCAAAGAGUUAGCAGGACUCCAGGCCUCUGGCAGCGAAGCUGAGGCAGCACGCUUUGUCAACCAGACAGGCAGCUCUAGAAGCUGCAGCAGCUAUGAGCUGCAGCAGCAUAAUACAAAGCGCUCAAAGAGAAGGAAAUAUGGCGGCUGCCACUUCUGGGUGACAUCCAAGAGCUGGAAGCCAAGCCCAGAUCAGGUUGAUCAGGAGCACAGCAGCAGUGACAGCUGGAACAACAACGAUGGCAAUGCAUCUCUUGAGAACUCUGCUUCGUCGGACGAAGACGACAUUGCCUCUGAGACCAGGGCUAUCUAUUCCAUUGUACUGAAGCUUCCAGGACACAACACUAUCCUAAACUCUACAAAGCAACCCUCAUCAGAAGACCUACAGGGGUCAGAGGAUGAAUUGUCGAAGAUGGACACAGAGUCAAAAGACAAGAAGCCUAAAAACCUUCAUCCACAAAAGUGUUUAGAAGAUGGAAAUUUGCAGAAGAGCUUUCCUAAACUUCCUGUUCAACCAGGAUCAGCAACACACACAGGAAAGGCUACUGAUGGUAUUUCAACAGGACAUAAGGCACCUGCUGCCCUGCCUUUGUCAUUCAAGGAAGCUACCCUGGCCAAGAAGUUUGCCUUGAAGACAAGAAGUCAGAUCUCCAAGCGGAAACGAAUGUCACUCAUCAAAGAAAAGAAAGCUGCACAGACACUCAGUGCCAUUUUGUUUGCCUUCAUUAUCACAUGGACCCCAUACAACAUCAUGGUCUUGGUGAACACCUUUUGUAAUAAAUGUAUUCCCCAAACCUUUUGGAACCUGGGGUAUUGGCUUUGCUACAUCAAUAGCACAGUGAACCCUAUGUGCUAUGCACUGUGUAACAAAACAUUCAGAACCACUUUUAAGAUGUUACUGCUAUGUCAAUGUGACAAACGUAAACGACGUAAGCAACAGUACCAGCAGAGACAGUCCGUCAUUUUUCAUAAGCGGAUUCCGAGGGAAGCUUCAUAAAAUAGUAUGUUUUAACAAUGGAAAAACAUAUUAAAGGGAUUGCAAAAAUGGGAGGGAGGGUGGUUGCAGGAGCCAACUACAAAUAUUUCAUCUUCAAGAUGAGAAAGGAUCGGUCUGGUGUAUGCAUCUAUCCUUUUAAUACUUCCUGUUUAAUGUAAUGGUUUAUACCACAUUAAGCAAAAACAAACCAAUUGCAGAGGUUUUUUUUACUAAGGAACAAUCAAACACCUGAAGGUUUUGCUACAAAAUCCCAAGGAGUUGCAGUGCAAUUAUGAAAGCUAUUAGUGAUCUGCCCAAUUAUUCAAAUGUAAAUCCAUUCUGGGAUCUCAGGUGAGCACAUGCAGCUAGCCCAUUCCUAAGGAGUAAAGUAGGUUUUAGCUGACGUAACUAGUUGGACGGAUCUAUCAAAACAAAAUAUAUGUGUGCAUUCUAAGCUUAGGUUGCACCAAACCUCUUAGAGCUUCCCUUCCACACCUCUUUUGGAUGUAAUGACAAUUCUUGUGGGCCAAGUUAUUAAAGAACCUGCAGAGAAGGAACCAAGGCACUCAAAGCCUGCCAUAUGUUUACCAGGAAACAAGAUGCCUGUCUUUUGAGGCACUGCUUAUCUUGAUUGUCAGAUGCGAGUAGCACAAAGGGGCCUUGAAAAUCAUUUUUCAGCUUAUAUUUAUGUUUUCUAAUUUAUUCUGAAAUUUUGGCUUCUCCUUAAAGUGGCAAACCCCUCACAAUAAAUGAGCACCACAGUGAAGAACACCAGAAGGCCCCUGUUUUAUGAUUGUUAUAGAUGCAGUUUUAAUUAUGUUUGUGCCUCGUCCUGGAAUUGCUCUGCAAUGAAGGGCGAGUUAGAAAUAUUUUUAAACAAACAAAUAAGGGCACUUACUAUAUCCACACAUUUUUACAAUGGAAAUGAGUAUCAUGUAUAUUUUUCAUACAGAGAUGUACCUUGAAGACCUCACAGUCUCUCAACUGGAGAUGUGAGGCCACAUGCAGAUGAGAGAAUCCUUACUAAUAUUUACUUUAACAGAGAACACAAAAUUCUGGGAGCUGCAGUCUUUUCAGGAUGUACUUCUGCAUCAAACAUGAAUGUCAGAUGGACUUUUGGCCUGGUUCUCAGACUUUAAUUAUGCCAGUACAAAUAGGAUAGUGCCCAGUGUGGCUCUGGGAGUCUCCAGGUUGCUUAGAAGUUGACCGUGACUUCUGUGCAGAUUAGGGAAGUCCCGCCCACUCUGCUGGUUUGGGGGUGGGCAAGAGGGGACAAGGAGGAGGUCUGAGGGCAGCACCAGGAAGAAAGCAUGUGAUUAUUUCAGUGCAUUUAUUCAAGGGUUUGAAGAAGUCAAAAGUCUAUGUAAUAAGCACAUCACUUCUCUCAGGCAGACUCCUAAAUCAGACUGCACCAGGGGAUUCUCAGAAUGAGUGUCUGUCUCUAUUUUCUGCACAUUUAGAAAGUGUUUUUAGAAAUGGGAAAAAAUAAUUAUGUAUUUAAAGAAACUGACUUGGCACUUUUCAAAAUGCUUGUCAAUCUUGAAAGCUUCUGUUGUUGUUAUCGUUGUUGUUGUUGUUGUUACAACCAGUAGUGGAAAAUUCAAGUUUGUGCAGUACAAUGUCCCAAAUUAAUGUAAGUAGUCUGCUAUUUUAAAUAGCUAAGCACCUUCUGAGAAAGACAAAAAAGGGCUUUAAUAUUUAUAGUUGAGAUGUGAGCAGUGAUGGCUCCUGGUAUUUAUAAUGUGGUCAGUUCCUGAGAUCUUGGACACAACCCACCAUCCUCUUACGCAACUCCCAUUCACUCAGUGAUGAUUGGAGAGGAGAUGUUCCAAGUGGAUUGUGCCUAUACUGUACUUCAUAAAAGUCAGGACUUCCCCAAGGAAAGGAUUGUAAUUUAAAACUCAGUUUCUGUUCAGAUUUACUUACAUUUUGAAAGGUAAUUUUGUAUAUUAUGCUUUCAAUUGACCAAGCUUCUUUGUGGAUUUUUUUCUUAUUCUCUUCCUUUUUUUCCAUUAGACCUGACACUCAGAUUUAACAAAAAUAAAAAUGCAACUUCCUUUAUGAAAAGGGGAAUCAGUGUUGUGAACACAGAACUGGUAUAAAAGCUGCUUUUGUAUUCAGUGUGAGAUGGUGUUUACAGAUGAUUUUGACAACAGUGGAAGUAUAUUAAAUAGUGUCUGUGUAUCUGAGCUAUUUAAUUUUGUGUUAUGUUUAUAUGAAGAAAUGUUUAUACAUAAAAGCCACCAAAAUGUUUUAUUUAAAUGUUGAUAAAUAUUGCUCUUCAGUCUUCAACUGUAAUGUCCUUUAAACGCAAAAUCAUAAAGGUGUUCUUGAGAAAUGAA